GUGUGCAGGCUAGGAGGAAUCAAGCACCUGGUUGACCUCUUGGAUCACAGAGUCCUGGAAGUUCAGAAGAAUGCUUGUGGUGCGCUGAGAAACCUUGUUUACGGAAAGUCGACCGAUGAAAACAAAAUAGCAAUGAAGAAUGUUGGUGGGAUACCUGCCCUUUUACGACUGUUGAGAAAAUCUGUUGAUGCUGAAAUAAAAGAGCUUGUAACAGGGGUUCUCUGGAACUUGUCCUCAUGUGAUGCAGUGAAGAUGACAAUCAUUAGAGAUGCUCUGUCGACACUAACGAACACUGUGAUAGUGCCACAUUCCGGGUGGAACAGCUCUUCCUUUGAUGAUGACCAUAAAAUUAAAUUUCAAACUUCCCUAGUUCUGCGCAAUACUACAGGAUGCCUGAGGAAUCUGAGCUCCGCAGGCGAAGAAGCCCGGAAGCAGAUGCGGUCUUGCGAAGGGCUGGUGGAUUCCCUGCUGUACGUGAUCCACACGUGCGUGAACACGUCGGACUACGACAGCAAGACAGUGGAAAACUGUGUGUGCACCUUGAGAAACCUUUCUUACCGUUUGGAACUGGAGGUACCUCAGGCACGUCUGCUAGGAAUCAAUGAACUGGAUGACUUGUUAGGAAAGGAAUCACCUAGCAAAGAUUCCGAGCCAAGCUGCUGGGGGAAAAAAAAGAAGAAGAAAAAAAAAACUUCACAGGAGGAUCAGUGGGAUGGAGUUGGCCCUAUACCAGGAUUUUCCAAGUCUCCUAAAGGGGUGGAAAUGCUCUGGCACCCAUCAGUGGUAAAGCCGUACCUGACGCUUCUGGCAGAAAGCUCCAAUCCAGCUACUCUAGAGGGCUCCGCAGGGUCUCUCCAGAAUCUUUCUGCAGGCAACUGGAAGUUCGCAGCGUACAUUCGAGCUGCUGUGAGGAAGGAGAAGGGACUGCCAAUCCUGGUGGAGCUGCUGAGGAUGGAUAACGAUAGGGUUGUUUCAUCUGUGGCAACUGCCUUAAGGAAUAUGGCAUUAGACGUUCGUAAUAAGGAGCUUAUUGGUAAAUAUGCAAUGCGAGAUCUGGUUAAUCGACUUCCCGGAGGCAACGGUCCGAGCAUCCUGUCUGACGAGACCGUAGCAGCGAUCUGCUGUGCUCUGCAUGAGGUCACGAGUAAAAACAUGGAAAACGCCAAAGCCCUCGCCGAUACUGGAGGAAUAGAAAAGCUGGUGAACAUAACGAAAGGAAGAGGUGACAGGUCGUCACUGAAAGUUGUCAAGGCAGCCGCCCAGGUACUGAAUACACUGUGGCAAUACCGAGAUCUCCGUAGCAUUUAUAAAAAGGAUGGAUGGAAUCAAAGUCAUUUUAUUACACCCGUAUCAACACUAGAGCGAGAGAGGUUCAAAUCACAUCCUUCUCUAUCAACCACAAAUCAACAGAUGUCACCUGUCAUCCAGUCAGUUGGCAGCACGUCCUCAUCGCCGGCUUUAUUAGGAAUCAGAGAGCCCCGCUCUGACUACGACAGAACGCAGCCUUCUAUGCAGUAUUAUAACCACCAAGGCGAUGUUAUUGCACAUAAAGACAUAUAUACCGGUUCCAGCAAACCUUCACCAAUAUACAUCAGUUCCUAUUCCUCACCAGCAAGAGAACAAAACAGACGACUACAGCAUCAGCAGUUCUACUACAGUCAAGAAGACACCAACAGAAAAAACUAUGACGCGUACAGGUUGUACCUGCAGUCCCCACACAGCUACGAAGACCCGUAUUUUGAUGAUAGAGUUCACUUUCCUGCUACUUCGGAUUACACAACACAGUACGGACUGAAAUCAACCACAAAUUACGUAGACUUUUAUUCCACCAGACGAUCUUCUUAUAGAGCAGAACAGUACCCGGGUUCGCCCGACUCCUGGGUGUAGCAUCAAAGAGAAAAACCGACAGUGUGUUUCUCAUCGUGCUUGAGAAGAAAGGAAUGGCCUUGUUUGUUGUUUCGGAUAUGAAAUGUGAAAGUGAAUAAAAGGAAGGAACAAGGAA